GUAGCGACUCAGUUAAACAUACACAAUGAACCUCGAAAUAAUAAUUUUUUUAAACUUUUAAUAGUUAUUUAGUGAUUAUAUAAAAGUAAUUAUUUAUACAGUGAUACGUAUGUGUUAAGUCAACAAUUAGAAAAAUAAAAUACCUCAAAAAUAAAAAGAUUUGGAAUUUUAAUAAUAUGCAAGUAAAAAAAACAUGUAUAUUCAUAAAUGGAUAAAGGGAUUUAGAAUUAAACGAUUAUACCUACACAAAAACAAUUGAAUAUUAACUCCAAAAUAAUGUCGAAUCAUAUAAAUGAAGAUUUAGAAGACGAAAUAAGCCUAACUGACAGGUUUGUAAAAUACUAUCCAUUGGCUGUUGUAUGUCUCGGAAGCUUGGGAAAUUGUUUAUCAGUACUAGUAUUUUUUGGAACAAAAUUGCGAAAACAAUCAUCAUCGUAUUAUUUAUCUUCGUUAGCAAUCAGCGACACAUUAUUUUUAUUAAUACAACUGAUGCCUGUACUAUCCAAAGUUGGAAUUGGAAUAUACCACAUGCACGGUUUUUGUCAGUUUUUCGUCUACUUGGCACAGAUAUGUAGUUUUAUAAGCGUGUGGCUUGUUGUAGUGUUUACAUCAGAACGUUUUAUAGCUGUUCGAUAUCCAUUACAUAGAUCGGUGAUAUGCACAGUAUACAGAGCUAAAAUCGUACUAAGCAUAUUAGUCACGUUUGCACUAAUAGUACAUAUACCUUAUUUAGUGAUUUCAACGCCUAACACGACCUUAGAAAAUAACUCAACAACAACAGAAUGUAGCUUGAAUUUUUCGUGGUACGAAUUAUAUAAAUGGCUAAACUAUGCAGACGUAUUUAUGAACAUGAUGAUACCAUUUUUCCUGAUCGUGAUAUUCAAUAGCAUGAUUUGUCAAUCUGUGUGUCGAUUAGCCAGAAUAAGACGAACAAUGACACUUCAUCCAUCUAGAAAGAGACAAUCUACCUCACAAAACUCACAACACACAUCUCAAAUAAAAGUUACAGAAAUGCUUUUAGUCGUGUCUACAGUGUUCUUGUGUCUUAAUCUACCAUCAUACGUAUUUCGAGUAUGGAUGGUAUGGGACAAUACAUCAACAAAAUACAAAACUAUACAAGUCAUUGCAAAUCAAAUGUACAACACACAUUUCGGAAUAAAUUUCGUACUGUACUGUGUAAGUGGUCAAAAUUUUCGAAGAGCUUUGAUUGAACUUUGGAAUAAAAGAAGACAUUCCAAUAAAAGAUUAAGGGAAACUCAGGUUACAACAGUAUUAUCAGAAUUCUCAAAAAGUGGGGUUGGAUCAAAACAAACUACCGUCAACGGAACUUGGAAAGAAGUACAUGAACUCAUACCAAUUGCACAUAGUUAAUGAUUAUGGUUUAUAGAUAAACUCAUUUUUGAAUAUAAUAUAUCUAUAAUAUGGCUAUAUUUAUAUAUAUUAAAUAAUAUACAUUUUGUAUACAGUAAAUAUGUUAUAAUAAAUAGGUGGUGACAAGAGGGUGGUGCUUGGGAGAAAAUUCUCAUCUGAUUACCAUCACCCCCCCCCCCUUACACACACACACACACACAUACAUACACAUUAAAAAAAAAUUAAUGUAUAAGUAAAUAUGUAAAUAAUAAUUAUUAUUUAAUGUAAAUAGUGUAAUAAAAAAUUUCUUAUCGCUUAUUAUACUGGGAACGUGAAAUAAGGUGAAUUAUCAUAAACACGACAA